AUGAAGAUCAAGUUUAUUUUUACUACGAGACGGACAUCGUGCGCGUUGAUUCUCAUCUACGUCCUCAUCAUAGUCUGCGACGUGCCUAAAUACACCGUGAUCCUGCUGGUGUGGAAGCAUUCACCUGUGGACAACAGCACCACACUGGGUCUGGAGUUCACACGCCGCAAAGAACGCGUCUUCUCCGCCAUGUUUUUCCUGAACAACUUCCUUCCCUCUACAGCGUUCGUCGUGACGUCUGUGUGCACCGUCGUGUUAGUCGCCACUCUCAACAAAGUCUCAAAAUGGCGCCAGUCAAGCGCUGGGAUUGCUAAAAACGAACCGGGAAAUAAUGUCAUGUCAAGUAAGGACAGACGUGUGAGUGUGAUGAUGGUUCUCGUCUCGGCUGUCUUCAUCGUUUGUUAUCUUCCUGGCCUUGUGCUCUUCACCUGGAUGAGUUUGGACCAAGACGUCCGCAUGGAGGGGAGGAAGAGCCACAUCUUUCUGUUCAUGACGGGUGUCUGGACCACCAUGACGGCCAUCAACGCAUCCGCCAAUAUAUUCAUCUACUUCACGAUGAGCACCAACUUCAGGAGAGUUUUCUUUCAGAUGAUUGUGAGGAGGCAGAUUAGUUUUUGA